UUCUGAUGUGCUGCUUCUGGUAGGGUUACGUAAUGAAGGGUGUUAAGAAAGAUCAUCCCCCUUCCCUUCUCCUGUUCUGUUUGCAGGCUUGUAUUGUGUAUUAAUACCAACACGGCUGCCAAUGUUCAGUCUUUUGGAUUUUGGCAUAGUCCCAUCAACAGCAUUGGGGUGCCCUUCUCUAUCUCAAAGGCCCUACUUUAACCUGCACAAGCCAAUCUUGUAUUCCAAACCAUCCAAACUCACUGGUCUUGUAACCAAUGGCCACGGAAGGAUCUGUGAUCUCUUUGAUUUGCACCAGGAGCAAGUCCCUUAUGAAGUGGCAUGGGCUUGGCAAAAGGAGAUUGUCAAGGACAAGAAGGCACAGAUUGAAAAGGAAGGAGACUGCACUGAUACCCUAAUUAUUCUGCAACACCCUUCUGUUUAUACAUUGGGUACCGCCAGUACUGAGGAGAACCUCAAGUUUGACAUGAACAAUGCCCCCUUUCAUGUUUAUCGCACUGAACGUGGUGGAGAAGUCACAUACCAUGGUCCUGGCCAGCUUGUUAUGUACCCCAUCAUCAACCUCCGAAGACACAUGAUGGAUCUUCAUUGGUACCUUAGGACUCUUGAAGAGGUUGUCAUUCGUGUUCUUUCAUCAACAUUUUUUAUUCAGGCUUCUAGGCUGGAAGGUUUAACUGGUGUUUGGGUUGGAAAUGAGAAACUGGCAGCUGUUGGUAUACGAGUGUCUCACUGGAUAACCUAUCAUGGUGUAGCUCUUAAUGUCACGACAGAUUUGUCUCCCUUUAAAUCGAUCAUCCCAUGUGGAAUACGGGACCGUCAAGUGGGAAGCAUUAAAGGGUUGAUGAGAGAAGGUAAGCUAUGUAUUGGUCAUAGAAAAAGUGAUUUGUAUUGUGUGGACGAUGCUAGUCUUAUUCACAUUACAUAUAAGUCCUUGAUUGAAGAGUUUUCACAAGCAUUUCAGCUUGAGUUCAGUUACAAAACUAUUUCUGUUCCCAUGUUGUACGAAAGGAAACAAAGCUGUCUUACCUAAGAGACUCGGCAAAGUUGAAUGUUUGAUAGACAUAGUAGUCCCUUGUUUAUUCACCUUUUCCAAAUAGGUGGUGCAGCAAAAGCAUUAUCAGUCUUGCAAUAAAACAUACUUGUUACUUUAUCUUCUGGUGGUGCAGCAAAAACAUUAUCAGUCUUGCAAUAAAACACACUUGUUACUUUAUCUUCUCUUGGUGGCUGUAGGUAUGUGACUUGCCUAUGUUAAAUUCUUGUCUCUUUGUAUUCUUGGUGCCGUGUUACUAAACUGCAGUUGAUAUGAGCCCAACAUAAACAACGUGGUUGUUAUAGUUUAUUGGGUUGGGGGUGAAUUGCUUCUCUUAACGUAUUUUAAAAAGUAAAAAGGGUAACUAGCGAAGACUGCUCCUGAGUUUUAAUAAAUCGCCAUUUGACACACAGCUUGGUUGUGUACUAACCAUUCUCUACCGAAGGUAAAAUGUCCCAUGUGGGAGUUUGGAUGGCCCGUUGGUGUUCUCAUGUAAUGUAUUGAACUCAACAAGAGGUUGAAGGUCAAAAGACGGCUUGUUAGUGCUUGCAUUGUCCCUGAACUUCAUUCUUGAAAUGCCCAAAACAUUCUUCUAGAUUGCACUCCCUUGCUGGUGUGAGAUGUUUGAAAUAUGCUUUCUGCAACUAUGGUUAAAAACUGGAUGAAGUUAGAAGAAAUAUUUGAAGUUGGGGCAAGCUGACCAUUGGAGGCAUGCAAGUGCUUAGUCUUUACCAUAAAUUGCUAUAUUUAGAGGAGGGAAACAUUUGGUUCUUUGAUUGAGUGCCCUCUAUUUGUUGUUCUUGCACACAUCAUGUUUUUGUGGUGGUAACUUUGUGGAAUGACCUCAUAUAGCUCAAGUGAAUCAAGCUUGUCACGCUUUAUAUUUGUUAACUAGAUGUAACAGUGGAAUGUGUGACUAUAAGGUGCUAUGGAUCAGCAGCACAAAAGAACUGGUUGUUGCUACAAUUGCUAGGAAAGGGUUUGCAAAUUCCUUGGAUGGGUGAGUAAAGCCAUUGAGGUGCAAUGAAGCUAAAAAGCGUAGGAAAUGUGUUGAUGAGGGAAGGCACAUAGUAGUAGCCAUUAUAAUAUAGGAAUUUUGCUUUUGUAGAAAUUGGUUUUGUAAAAGCUGAGGUAAUAGUUCUUAAACCCUCAGUUGAAGUAAUCAGUAUAAUUAGGAGUAGCAAGUUUGGUACUGUUUGUGUUUACAACUAUGCUGCUUUUGUUAUCAUUAUCGAUAUCAUACAAAAGUUGAAGCGGUGGAAUGUACCCAUUUGUUCCCAGUAUGAUUAUUGCAUUU